GACAAGAGUCCCUGUCACCUGGAGGAGGCUCCGGGGCCGUGCCGAGGUCUGGUAACGCGCUACUUCUUUGACAGCCAGAGCCAGGAGUGCAAGCACUUCUACUACGGAGGCUGCUUCGGCAACGCCAAUAACUUCAAGAGUAUGAAAGAGUGCCAGGCCAGGUGCCAGAACCCAGGUAGGGCAUCAGCAUCGAAAACUGCCCUUCAAAACAAUGGAUUACACCAAAGUAGUCUAAAAGGGACCAACCAAUCAUAUGGUUUGCAAGAAAGAUUUGAUCAGUGAGGCUAAUCAAUAUUUUUAAAUUGAAGGAAAAAGGUUUGGACUUAUGGCCCUAGAAGCACUGUCAAGGCUUUGUUUAAUAGAAAUGUGCUAGGGGAGUAUAUUACUUCUCCAAAGUGCAUUUAUGUCAUUUUUGUGAUGCCUGGGCUCUUAGGCAGUCAUACCUCUUUAAAUGACAAAAUACCCACUUAUUUUAUGCAAUGCAAAUUAGGAGAUAAUUAAUUUCAAUGUAGUUGCCCAGUCGAUAUUGCACUACCUUGCAAAUUAUCUUGUUGAUGGAUUUUUUUCCAACCAUGAAGUCAUGCCUCACCUUAAUUUUGCAUUUAGAUUGUAUUUUUGGCCUUUUGGGCAUAUUUAAUUAUUUUAGACAUAGGUCCAAUUUUGAAUUAAAUUAAUCUAAAUGGACAAACAAUGUAAAAAACUAUAUUGACGACAACUCAAAGAUAAUUACAUUUUCAUUCUGUAUCAGAAUCCUUAAUCCAUCUGUAUUGGGCUCAAAAGUAUUUUUCUCUUUAAUAAUCCUGAAUCCAUAAGUGUAAUAAGUUCUGUAUACUGUAUGUCAUAUUACAAUACUUCCUUGGUGAACAGGUUUUAACAAUAGAGUAGUACACUGUUUGUAUUAUGUUACAUUUCUAUUACAUGCUGUAACUUAUUAUGUAAGUAAACUCUAACCAUGCUUUGGUUUCAUGGCAGAAAACGCCAAUGUGGCCCAUAAAUUGGAUGUGACCCCUAAAUUGGAGGUCACCGUCCCAGAACCCACUAGUAAACCUAAUGGACAGCCUCUCAAAGUAACUGGUAAGACAACAAUGUUUAUGUAUUUUGAGUUCAUGUUUGUAUCAUCUUUAUUUCUUAAACAAAUGAUAGCUCUAGGAAUUGAUUAAAGAAGACAAUUAAUUGUGCAGUAGCACCAAAGAUAUUUCAGGCAGGCCUAAUCUGAUUUAACAAAAUGGAUGUCUAUAAACAUAACUAUAUAUUGAUCUAAUGUUUCAAUAACCAGACAGAAAGUAAUUGUUUCAUUUGUGCAUUAUUUUUGCAUGUAGGCCUACGUCAUGAUACUGUACAUAGCGUCAGUAUAUUAAACUGUUUGCCCAAUAAGCUUUUUAUUUUCCCAGCAUGCCUGUCUGUCCUUCUGUCAGCCCUUCUGAUUGGCAGGGUCAGGAAAGUGGGGUUGUGGGGUCUCUGAAGACUAUGAACCACUAUGUGGAAGGGCUGAUAUCCUGUCAGCUGUGUUUUAGAGAAUUCUGAGGGAGGAUGGAAAAGGCUGAGGGAAAAGUUUUAUAGAGAUAGUAGAAAUGACAACACCAUGUACCCUUGUGGAUCUGUAUUGCUACAGUAUAUAUAUCUUGUGUCAUGGUGAGUUGAUAUUAACUCCCUCUAAGUUAACUACAGUAUCACAACUUCUAAUACUGGUAAAAGGCUGAAUAAAUGCAUGCUCCACUCUCAUAUUGAAAGCAGCAUGUGAAUGCUGAAUAUUUCCUAUUUUUCAGGUGAAUUUGCUUUAAGCACCUCACACAUGCAGCAGAAUCAUCAACACCAGGCCACAGGUUAGUACUGUAACCCAGGAAUGCAGUCAAUUCUCAUGUGUACUAUUGCACACAUACCAUGAUGCAACUGCAAUAGCUAGGUAACAUUUACAUUUUAGUCAUUUAGCAGACGCUCUUAUCCAGAGCGACUUACAUUUAGUGCAUACAUUAUUAUUUUUAUUUUUUUCAUACUGGCCCCCUGUGGGAAUCGAACCCACAACCCUGGCAUUGCAAAUGCCAUGCUCUACCAACUGAGCUACAUCCCUGCCGGCCAUUCCCUCCCCUACCUGGACGACACUGGGCCAAUUGUGCGCCGCCCCAUGGGUCUCCCGGUCACGGCCGGCUACGACAGAGCCUGGAUUCGAACCAGGAUCUCUAGUGUCACAGCCUUAGACCACUGCGCCACUCGGGAGACAUUCAUUUUACAUGUGCCAUUUCAGAAGCAGUUGGGUAAACGAACAACUUAUAAAGGCAGCAAAUCGCCCACCAUACCUCCUCCCACCUCCUUCUUCCAUGUAACACUGAUUCACUGCUAUUAAAAUGGGAGUGUAUGGUGUAUGAGGAGUGAGUAAGUACUCAUAGACCACCACUGUCAGAUACAGAGGUCACAACACAGUACAAAGGGGCACAGGGAGUCUGCCAUCACUCAGUCACAGACAAGUAGUUAUGUUUCAUGUUACAAAAUUCCACCCAGUUCAGUGAAUUCAGGAAAGGAGUGUUUCUGUAUACAUGUUUGUCAUUCCAGUGAAGUGAUAUAGGAUACCUACAGUACUCCCCUAACCCAAGGCUGACAUCUUGUGGAUUUUCCACAGUUUGACUCUUGAGGUAGUAAAAACAAGGUUUCCUUUGUUGUGAUACAUUUCAAAAGUAAAAGACAAAGUAGUAGAAUCCAGUACCCACUGGGCACAGGUGUAAAUUCCACGUUAGUUCAGCAUAAUCUCAUUGAAAUGGUGUGGAAAUAACGUUGUUUCAACCAGUGUGUGCCCAGUGGGUAGUCACUUUUACAGUAGGUUUCCAUUAACCACACUUUUUUAUAAAGGUAAAAUAAAAAAAUGCUUUUAUUAAAGUAUGUUCUAUCAGAGCUGCAUUGCAGAUGUAGCCUACACACUUUCUUUAGUGUUAUAAAAUGUGUCUUUGGUACUAUGGAGUCAUUGUUGUACAUACAUUUCAGCUUAUAAUUGCCUCUGUGUAAUUCUUUCAGACUUCAGUCCUCCAGAGUUCUGUCUCAGUCCCAUUGACAAGGGCAUGACAUGUGACGGAGAGGAGAGAAGAACGGGAAGGAGAUAUGUGUACAACCCCAAGACAAAGAGAUGUCAUUGGUUGCGCAACAGUGGCUGUGGGAGCAACAAGAACCACUUUGUCCUCAAGAGACACUGCAUGAAGAUGUGUAUGAAGCCGAGUAAGAUCCAAGUUAACCGUUAUCUCCAACACCGGUCCUAUAGAGCUACUGGGUGUGCAGGCUUUUGUUCCAGCCCAGCAUUAACACACCUGAUUCAAAUGAUCAACCUCCAGACUGAAGACCAUGAUUAGUUGAUUAUUUGAAACAGGUGUGUAAGUGCCACACUUUUGUUCCACUCUUGGAUCUUUCAUUUAAAAAUCAAGUGUGUUUUUGCUAAAUAGCAUUUACCUUAAGGAUGCAAUGUUUAUUUCUUGACUAGUGCCAUAGAGAAGUGUUAAAAGAUUACAACUUGCCAUUUGUGUUGUGCCAUUUUCAGAUCCCACUCACAAAAGGAAGGCCAUCAGGAUAAAGAAGAACACCAACAUCUUAUUUCAAACUGUC